CGGGUGUUCGCGCUGCGCCAGCCCGUGACCAGCGGCCGUUUCCGGCGUGGGAGCAGGAAUGUGGCCUCCGUGCGGGGCGCUCCGAGCCGUGGCCUUGGCGCGGUCGCUGGGGACCCGGCCCUGCAGUGGGGGCGAGAGCGUCUCCUAUACGCAGGGCCAGAGUCCCGAGCCCCGAACACGCGAAUACUUCUACUACGUGGACCACCAAGGCCAGCUUUUCCUGGAUGAUUCCAAAAUGAAGAACUUCAUCACCUGUUACAAAGACCCGCAGUUCCUGGUCACUUUCUUCUCCCGCCUGAGACCGAACAGCAGUGGACGCUACGAGGCCUCCUUCCCCUUCCUCUCACUCUGCGGUAGGGAGCGCAACUUCCUCCGCUGUGAGGACCGGCCCGUGGUCUUCACGCACCUGCUGGCGGAAGGCUCCGGGCCUCCGCGCAUCUCCUACUGCGGCGGCGGCGAAGCCCUGGCCGUGCCCUUUGAGCCAGCGCGCCUGCUGCCCCUGGCCGCCAAUGGGCGCCUUUACCAUCCGGCGCCGGAGCGCGUGGGUGGCGUGGGCCUGGUGCGCUCGGCCUUGGCCUUUGAGCUUAGUGCCUGCUUCGAGUACGCGCCCGGCGCACCCGCACUGCCCUCACACAUACACUGGCAGGGCCGCCGCCUUGCGCUCACCAUGGACCUAGCUCCCUUGCUUCCAGGGGCCCAGCCGCCCUGAGCG